AGUCACUAGUGAGUAGCCACGAGAGCAGGCGAUGCAGUACGAUAGGAACCGAUCAGGACACGGUCGAGAAUCGCGCUGGCCGUAGAAACACACGCGUUUGGACCGGUGUGCUGACCGCACAGCAUCAGGGUCCAAGGAUAAAUUUAUCCUGAUUCUUCUUCAUAACGUACGAGAAUAUUUUUGACCCCCAGUUUACGCGAUUAUAUAUAUUUUCUUAAAUAAAUAUAUUUUUCCAUUUUUAGUUAUGUUGAUUUAUUUUGUGAUUUUCAUUUUAAAACGUGGAUGUUGACGAAGUGAUCAUGAUUUAGUGCAAGGAUUGUUUUGUUUCUUUUGAUAAUUACAAGACAUGAUAGACGAUUUUUAGUGCGUGAUAGACGACGAUAAGUCUCAAAAAUUUUCAAAAUGAGAAUUAAAAUGCCAGCAGUUAGAAUCGCACAAGCAGAUGCAGAUGGAGUAGAAGGGGAUCCACAUCAAGACAUUCUAACUUGCGGUAUUUGUCAAAAACCGUUCGCCCUCUCAGACAUCGUCCGGUUCAUCCAGCACAAAGUUACAUCCUGCAACAAAGAGAAUUUCGGUCAAUGUUUUACCAGCAACGAAAAAGAAAGAGAUGGGGACGAUGCAAAUUUACCAUUAUCUAGUAUUAAUACCAGGAGACCAAGCAUAUCAGCACCUAUAUCCGGUAAAAAAGCAACAGGAAAUCGGAUCCAUACACCUCCACCUGCCUCUCCAAGACUUCCAGCACCUGGUGAUCUAUGCGUCGAUGGAGCUGCUUCAUCUACGCCGAAACGGAGAGCUCCCUCACCGUUGACUAGUUCAAGUCCUGAGGAAGAUAUAAAACCUCUUAUUAAACAAGAAAAAAUGGAUAAUACCACCUCUUCUGAAGAUAAUAGUUGUAAAAGGUCCAGGAUAGAAGUAGCUGAUGCUGAAUCUAAUACAACGCAUAGUGAACCAAGCAAUUAUGUAUGCAGUACUUGCAAAGCGCGUCUCCAUUCAGCAUGGCGGCUAGUACAGCACGUUCAAAACGCCCACGGGAUGAAAAUAUACAUAGAAAGCUCUCCUACUAGCUCAAAAACUAGUAAUAGCAAUAAUCACAGUGGUAGCAGCUCCAGUAGUUCAAGUUCUGGUUGCUCUUCAGGCGCCGUGCCACCUCCACCUCCCAACAUGAGACAUCAUUUAUUACCGCCACCUGAUUUACAUAAUCCUUUUGGAGUUGGCGGUUUACUUAGACUGCCCAUACCUCCACUGAAUCACGUGCCGGUACCACCAGCGCCACUUUUUUCUCGACCUGAACAUCACUACAGGAUAGAUCAAUUAGUAAGUGAACAAUUUCGUCAUCAUGGACUAAAUUUAGCUGCGGCCGCUGCAGCGGUAGCUUCCGGAAAUGUUCCUCCUCCACCUCAUACUAAUUUCCCUUCAUCUGCUGAAAGAGCGAACGCUAAUAAUCUACCUCCCAGAGAUCGAGUUACACCAAAUCAACCAUUAUCUUUAGAACCCCAGCUGGAUUUUUAUUCGCAGCGGUUGAGGCAAUUGGCAGGUACCACCAGCCCGGGUACGGCACAGGCAGGCUCGCCGUCACCCCGCAAGCACUCACCGCCUUUCGCGAGUCCUUCCCCUUCCCAGAUGCCGCCAACUUCAAUUCCCAAUAAUAUUAGUUCUAGUAGCAGCAAUACCAACAAUAACAAUAAUAGCAGCAAUAGCAGUAGACCUCCUAGUACGUCACCUCCUACAAAAUCCGAUGACCAACAAAUGAUUAAUACCCCUAGAUCGGCUAGUACACCACCAGGUAAACCAGGAUCUCCAAAAAAUUCAACGUCGUCUGAAACUACUCACGCCUGUGAAUUUUGUGGUAAAAAAUUCCGUUAUCAAAAUAACCUUGCAGUCCAUAGGAGGACACAUACAGGAGAGCUACCUUACAAAUGUACUGUAUGUGAUCAUGCGUAUGCGCAGAGCUCUAAAUUAAAAAAACAUAUGAAAGUACAUAGAACUCCAGACGAUAGAACUAGUAAUGCGGGCUCGGUGGAAACUCUGGAAGGCGAUGAUAGUGAAGAGGAAGAAGAAGUAGAAGAUGAAGAAGAAGAUGAAGAUGAUGAAAUGGAUGAAGAAGAAGCCGAAGAUUUGAGUGUUCCUAGCCAAACUCCAAAAAACCCAAAUAGUCCAUCAGCUUCACUAGUGGGUGAACUGAUGGACAAAUUUGGCUUGAGUAAUAUCGCCCAAUACAGCGAAGCGUAUAAGCAAGCUCUACAAGAAUCAAACACAGCUUUAAAAAUGCAAUAUAACAAAGACAGGGAUAAUAAUAAUACAUGUUUGUCGCAUCAACUGAAGAUCAAAGACGAGUUCGCAAAAGUUUUAUUACCAGUACCUCCACCACAACACUUACCUCUCUUUCCUCCAUUCAACGAUUCUUUUGAUGCAUCAAAAAGAUUGAAAUUGGAAUUAGAUCGGAACGAUUGGUGGUUACCUGGUUUACCAAGAGAUAAUAAAGGAGUACCUGGCCCUAGUGCACUACUUCCGAACCCUCUGGUCAAAAAGGAGUCGCGGAGAAACGAUACUUGUGAGUAUUGCGGCAAAGUAUUCAAAAAUUGUUCGAAUUUAACUGUACAUAGACGAUCACAUACCGGCGAAAAACCAUACAAAUGCGAACUUUGUUCUUACGCAUGCGCCCAGAGUUCUAAAUUAACGCGUCAUAUGAAAACUCACGGUAGAAUCGGAAAAGACGUUUAUCGGUGUAGAUUUUGUGAAAUGCCGUUUUCCGUUCCCUCUACAUUAGAAAAGCACAUGAGGAAAUGUGUAGUUAAUCAAGGCAAGGGGCAUUUGUUAAGUACGAUGCCGAUGCUUUCAGGUGACGAAGAUUCUUCCACAAGCAUCACAUCCAAAGAACCUCUAUGACUCUUUCCGUGGGGUGGGAUGAGAUUGCCUCCUCCACCUCCCAGUUUAACGUACUAGUCCCAAUGAACUGUUUAGAAGAAUUGUUGUUGUGAACAGUGAUUUUUGCCUCUGUUAAAACGUCUAGUGUAGCUUGGUUUUAAGAAGGUUAUGACCCAUUUGUCAUCCGGCUUUAAACGAAAAUCAUUGGUGCGUUCACUGAAGACUUAUGCAAUCGUAACGAUGUUUGUGGUUCAAGCAACAAAUAUUGACUACAAAUAAAAAAUUUUCCAGUAUUAAUUAUAUAUUUUAGAUUGAUAUUUUUCAUUAAGAAAUAAACACAAUAAUAUGGAAGUAUGAAAAUUUAUUCCAAGGACAAUAUUUGAUGUCAGUGAUAACUAACAGAAAGUGACAAUUGUUAGAACUUCUUCGUAAGAACUAUGCAUUGAAAUAUAAACUAUUAACUGUGAUAAAACACACCGAUUCUGAAGCCUCUUAUUAUAAGAUUUAAUAUGAUACUUCCAGAUUUUCUUAAUUCAUUACUUCAUUAAUAUAAUUUGAACAGAUUUGUAUUUAAUGUCAAGUAUUGCUGCAAAACGAAGAAGAAAGCUUUAGAAAAUAUGUUUUAUAACAAACAAUUCCAGGCGUUUAUUUCUUGAUAAGAAUAGUAAAAUAGUGUUAGAUAUAAUUGUUAUGAUUGCAUAAUUUUCUAAUGUUAUGACGUAAAUUCAGAUGUAUAGUAUUAAUAUAUAAAAAAAUAAUCCCUUGAAAUAUUCAUUAAAAAGGGAUACAAAUUGUUCUUUGUAACUGAUACCAAAGCAAUGUUCUUUUUUCCUAAUUAUUAUUGAUUAUUGAGUUUAUUGAUUAUUGUAUAUUUGUAAUUAGCUAUAUGUUGAGACUGAGAGGGCUAGAGGUUUUUUAAAUAUUUUGUAGAGGCAUGUUUUUGCCAUCAAAGUUCUUAGCCCAUUGUACAUUCCCUGUCAUAUCAUUUUUUCUUGGCCAGUUAAAGCCUAGUGUAUAUAUUCCAGUUUGAUAAUUUAUUGCUGGAAGGAACUAUCAACAAUCUUCACAAUACAAAGUUUAAAAGAUCAAGAAGUUUAUGAAGUUACAAAAUUUGAUGAUCAUCGCUGAAAUUUCAAUUUUUUCAAUACAAUUUCCAAUUUAUUGGUAAAGUAUACCAAGUAUAGCGAAAAAAAUUUUAUUUUUAUCAAAAAAGAUGUGGUUAUCUAGGUAUAUAAAACUCACAAUUUUAAAAAGAAUUUGUCAAAUUCAUAUCAGUCAAAAACUACAACUCUAAUAAUCUGUAGUUUAGGUAUAAAAAACUUAUCAAAAAGAAAA